AUGUAUAAGAUAGUACAAGAAUUAUUGCAUUUUGGAUUAAUUCGUCCAUCUGAUCCUCCAUAUGCAGCACCAGCAUUACUAGUAGCUAAGCACGAUGGUACAUGGAGAAUGGCAGUAGAUUAUAAAAAAUUAAAUAAUAUUACUGUUAAGGAUAAUCAUCCAUUACCCAAUAUGGAGCAAGCAAUACAAUUAUUAGGUGCUGAAGCAAAUAAAUUUCUUGGUGCUCUUUCAUGGUAUCGUAAAUUUAUACCCAAAUUUGCAACAAUUGCUGCAUCCAUUCAUGCUAUAACAAACUUAACAAAAACAAAUAGACACAAAUUCGAAUGGGGUGCUUCUCAAUCUCAAGCGAUUUUACAAUUGAAACAAUUAUUAAUUACUUCUUCAUUAUUUCUUGAUUCUUCAGAUGAUAAUUAUCCUAUUAUAUUAACAACGGAUGCAUCAGAAAUUGGUAUUGGUGGUACAUUACAACAAAAUAUUAAUGGUGAAACAAAAAAUUUAUAUUAUCAUUCUCAAGUUACAUCUUCUACUCAACGACGAUAUGAUCCUAUUGAAUUAGAAGCAUUAGCGAUAUGGUUAUGUUUUCAACGAGUGCGAUCUCAUCUACUUGGUCAACGUAAUUGUUUAGCUGAUUAUUUAUCUCGUCAUCCAAUACAAAAUGAUGAAGAAAUAUUUGAUGAGGAUUAUGGCAUAAGCAUGUUAUUUCAGAGGGAACCAUCGGUGACGGUACAUACUCUUGUCAAUCAUCCUCCAGUUAUUGGUGCUGUUGUUACGCGUUCAAAAAUGAAACAAAUAAAACAACAACAAAAUGAAAAUGACAAAAUUACACCACCCACUGUAAAUGAUAUACCAUCAUCGUCAAGUAAAGACAAAAUUGAACAUUCAAAUUAG